GUGCUGAAUCGAGAGCUCUAUAAUAGAUCGGCAUGCGUCCCUGCUUCCCAUCAAUCGAUCGGCAAGCGCCGGAGGAGGAGAAGGAGGAGCUCAUGGCACCGGCGCUGCCGCGGUUGGGAUUGACUAUGGAGGACGGGGAUCAGCCGGAAACUCCCACCACUUGGCAUGAUUCCGCGCCGGAGGUGAUUGAUGAUGUGGAGGGGGAGAAUGAACGCCCUGUUAGGGUUUAUGCUGAUGGGAUCUAUGAUCUCUUCCACUUUGGCCAUGCGAGAGCUCUUGAGCAAGCUAAGAAACUGUUCCCCAACACGUAUUUACUUGUUGGUUGUUGCAAUGACGAGAUCACCCAUAUGUACAAGGGAAAAACAGUCAUGACAGAAUCUGAGCGUUAUGAGUCACUUCGUCAUUGCAAGUGGGUUGAUGAGGUUAUCCCUGAUGCUCCAUGGGUUAUCACACAGGAGUUCAUCAACAAACACAAGAUUGACUAUGUGGCUCACGAUGCCCUUCCAUACGCAGAUACAAGUGGGGCUGGGAAUGAUGUCUAUGAAUUUGUUAAAGCAAUAGGAAAAUUCAAGGAAACAAAACGCACAGAUGGUAUUUCUACAUCAGAUAUAAUAAUGAGGAUUUUGAAGGAUUACAAUAAGUAUGUCAUGCGAAAUUUAGCCCGUGGAUAUUCAAGAAAGGACCUCGGGGUGAGCUAUGUCAAGGAGCAACAAUUGAGGGUGAAUAUGGGCAUAACUAAAUUGCGCGAAAAAGUAAAGGAGCAACAAGAAAAGUUGCAUACCGUAGCAAGGACAGCAGGAAUGCAUCACAGCGAGUGGGUGGAGAACGCAGAUCGUUGGGUUGCAGGUUUUCUUGAGAAAUUUGAAGAAGGUUGUCACAUUAUGGUGAGAAUUUUAGAAGAGUCUAUCAGAUCGUAUUACGCAAAUAGAGUUUUUAGACCAUCAGCACAACAUGGAAACUGCCAUUAAAGAUCGAAUUCAGGAGAGAUUGAAGAGGCAACAACCAAAGGAGUUGGCUGCGAAUCUUCAUCAGGAACCGGUAGUAUCAUGAGAUGAGAUUCACUGAUACCAAUUUUGCAUCAAGAAACUCUGCAAUUAUGUCACAUUACCUAGAAAUUACUUUCAUCCCUCAAGGAUCCAUCUCCAGUGGGAGGAAAAAAAAAAAAA